CAGAAUGGGAGUUGAUUCUGAGAAGCACUCAGAUGUAUGCACAGUGCUGAGAGCACUUCCAGCACUGCCAGCAGUUCUCUGCUGCUGGAGGGACAGUGACCCCUCCGGGCAGAGAAAUGAGGAAUGUAGAAACUUGCUGAGAGAGGGAAAGCAUUUGGAGAAUGUCCCAUCUGGAAGAGUUUCUAAUCAGGAGGAAAUGAGGAGCUCUUCAAAGAAAUCUGCACAUUGAGCUACUUCCUCUAUGGCAGAAAAAAAGUCAGACAGAGGAAGGGAAAAUCUGACGUAACCCAAGAUUAAACUUCUGACUUUCCCGCCAAGCCUUGCGAAACAACAGCAGGACAGGGCACAGAGAAGAACCAGCAGGACGGGAACGGGGAGUUCCUGGUGAUCUGGGCACUUUCUCCUUCAUGUCACUGACCUGGCAGCAGCCGCUUUAGGACAUGGAUCCCAAAGGAGCAAGAGGUACCUGGAAGCGCCGCUGAUCUGCACAGACCCCUUUGCCUGCUGCUGCCCCACAGGGAACAGGGAGCUGCUGAGAACCUGCAUGGUCCAUCCCUGGAUUCUCCAAGCACUGACUGCCCAUCCACUCUGACCACAGCCAGGGGCCACAUCCCACUGCCUGCCCAGCAUCCAUCCAUGGAGGUGAGCACCAUGACCCCUCUUUUCACCUCACCAGCUGACCGACCUGGUCAGUGUGAGAUCACUGUCUCCAGCAUGGCCAUGCACUUUGUGACACUGCUCGUCGGUCUCUGUGGGCUGGCUGGGAACGGGGCUUUCCUCUGGCUCCUCCAAAUUAAUGCCAUCACUGACUUUGUGGCAUUCAACCAGGCCACCAUUGACUUCCUCUUCCUCAUUUUCAUAGUCCCCUCCACCCUGCUCUUCCUUGUGGAGGAAGUGUCCUGCUCUGCUAUAAUGCCCCCAAUGUAUUUGAGCUUGCUUUCCCAGCUGUCACUGUUCACCUACACCAUGGGGCUGUUCCAGCUGAUGUUCAUCAGCAUCGAGAGGUGCAGGUCCAUCCUCUGCCUCUUCUUCUGCGUUGGACAACUUUCCGAGCACCUCUUGUGGGUGUUGAUGAGUGCCCUGUUCUGGGCCUUGUUCUUUGUUGUCACUGCUGUUAAUCCCACAGUGACUUCCCUGUGCCAGUCACACGAGCAGGAGCAAUGCCAGGUGGCUCUCACCUCCAUGUACGCCCUCAACCUCUUCCUAUUUGCUGUACCCAUGGUCAUUUCCAGCACAAUCCUCUUCAUUCAUCUCAAGCCUGGCUCCCAGCAACAGCACAAGAGACUUGACAUCGUUAUCUUCCUUGUUGCACUCUUCAGUCUGCCCCUCAGUCUCUGGUCUCUCCUGCAGCAGCUCGGUUACACGGCUGUGCCCUCCCAGGUGGUUUUCCUGCUCACCUGCAUCACCAGCAGCAUCAAACCCUUCAUCUACUUCUUGGUGGGAAGCUGGAAGAGAGACUGCUCCACGGGGAACUGCUGGAGACAGUGCUCCAUGGAGAGCUGCAGGAAGCACUCCUCCAUGCAGUCCCUAAGGAAGGUGAUCCACAGGGUGUUUGAGGAGCCAGAAGAGAACAGAGCCCACAGAAAUGUUCCCUCUGUGGACACAGUGCUCUGAGCCUGUGGAUCCCUUCCACUGCACUGCUGAGGAACCCCGGGACAGUGGCUGAGGGAUUCCUUGAGUCUCCUGAUCAAUAAAUCCCCACAGGGUCACCCUCCCUGUGCUGGUGCAUCCCCAGCCCCUUUCCAGCCCGCUCUGGGCUCUGAUCCGUGCUUGGGAGGCCUCAGCCUUGAGGAGCAGCCCCUGGGCUCAGCUCCUGUGGCGCUGAUCAGAAACACCCUCUGCUCCCAGGAGCUGCUGCUGUCCAACCACCUCCUGGGGUUUUAUCCACAGCCUUGGAAAUUACUGUGCUCCCCUGAAUGCCACAGCAUCCCUGCUCUCCCACUGUCACGGGAGCUGCCGGCCCCAAGUGUGGCCAGGGUGAAACAUGGCUGAGAGUGACGCCCAUCCCUUGGGGCCCUGGGAGCAGCGGCCCAAAAGGAGACCCUUGGAGCUCUCCUGGCCCAGCAGCGCUGAGCAGAAGCUCCCUGGCUCUGGGGCCUCUCCGGGCUGGGAUCUCUCCGUCUGCUGCCCUCGGCUGAUCCCCGAAUGCCGACGGCUCCUGGGCCCAUCCCCCCAGGGCUCGAGGCCCAGCCCUUGGCACAGGGAGGAGAUGCCAAGGGAUCCACAGGGAGCAUUGCACUGCCUGCCAGGGGAAUUUCUCACAGGCCUCUUGCACUGACUCUGUCUGUCUGUCUGUCUGUGUGCACACACGUCUGCAUCUGCCAUGGCAAAUGUGGCAGAGAUGCUGCUCUGUCUCUGAGACAUCUGAGUAACACAGGACUGUAGGUAUCAACCAUAAAUAAGGUUAAAUGCUGCUAAGUGAUACUCUUCUGCUGAAUUGCCAAGUUUAAGGUAUAACUGAAUUACACUUAAGUUUGAGCACUGAAAAGAUUUUAGGCCAUUUUCCUUUUCAUCCUUACCCCUGCUGUCAUUUUGUCACCUGCGCUUGCACUCACACACAACCACACACACAGGGACAGCACUUUGGUGUGCUGGUGCUUAAUAUUAAACCUGGUUUAAACUGA